CGACGCGACGCGACGGGGACGCGCACUUUCCUACCGGCAUCGAGACUUGGGCAGCCCGCGGCCAGAUCGCCUCUCAGUUUCCACUCGACCGCGAUCCUGCUCGCAACUCCGCGCACCGCGCCGCGCACUGUGAUUGUGUGUGUGACUGUGUGUUCCCCACGUGUUCACCAUGUCGGUGGUAGACAAACCCAGGAUUAUCUCCGCCGAAGUCAAGAAGAGGAAUAAUUACCUCAAACGGGACUUUAAACGCCCCCAUAUAGCUGGGGAACUGUGGGUGUUGACGGACGCGUGUAGCGAGAAAAAAAUUCGUUACGUGGAAGUGCGUGACGGUCAACUGUUGGUGUUCCCAGCGUUUUCCUCAAGACGCUUGCCCGAGUGGCGGCUGCCCCUUUAUGAUCUCAACCUUCUCCCCUACCCGUUAGGCAACCCGUUUUGCUUCAGUUUUUCCAGGAGGGACCACUCCACACCCGUCGCUAUUUUCCAAGCGCAAAACGCGGACGACUACGAGCGAUGGGUGCGGACUUUGGCCGCGGAACUCAUCUGCCAGACGCCGUUCGACCACGUGCGCUUCCUGGACAUCCUCGGCAUCACGGCCACGCUGCACCAACACCGACAACAGCAGCAGCAGCAGCAGCUCCGCAGCGCCGAGGAGCCGCAGCUUCCGGGUCACGACCCCGAGAAAAGCACGCUGCUCAAAGAGAAGCAGCAGAACAUGCUCAACACGGUCGUCCAAAGUUCCUUCGUCAAGAACUGUCUCCGCUUCAAGACGAACGCGCACCGCAAGUACGAGUCGCACCGGAAGAACAAGGUCCAAGAACGCAUCGCCCCGGAGUCCGACUCGGAGAAAGAGAACGCUGACGAGAACUCGAGAGUCCGCUCGAGAGUCCCUGAGACCGAGAACAUCUCAAAGAGAGUCCCAGAGUUAAGGGAUGUAACCGAUGGCUAUGAACCGAGAGUCCCAGAGUUGAGGGAUGUAACCGAUGGCUGUGAACCAAGAGUCCCAGAGUUCCACUCUGAGAGGCGGUACUCGGAACAAGACUCUAGAGCGAGGUCUCCUUUCAGGGUCUCAGAGUCAGACUCCGAGAAAGAGACAGAAGCUCCAAGCAGAGAUCUCACCAGACUGGACUCUGAGAGCGCCGAGUCGACGACGGACACGAGGACCGAGUCUGAUUCCGAGAGGGAAAGUCGGCUCGAAUUCGACGGGAAGAAACGGGACAACAGGCUCCAGACCAAAAAGCUCCAGACCUCGUACUUACAUUCGUUUUAUAGGAAGAUGAAGAGUAGCUUUAGCGACGAUCCGAAAUCCGAUAGCGUAAGCGGGACGUUCCGGAAGCUACCCGAAUCGCAGCCGUUACCAGACGUGGUCAACAACUUGCCCAAAGUGACUUUCAAGCGGCAUUCGGACCUCAAGCCGAACUCCAGUUGCCCGAACCUGAGGCCGGCGCCCAAGACGAAGAACUUGCGGAAAGCCCUCAGCUCUUGUAGCGAGUGCGAUAGCGACGACAGUAGUUCUGGUUUCCGCUUCCAGGCGGUUUCCACUCUACUCGCUAGGUGUCAGGAGAGUGUCGACUAUGUCCCUGUUAAAGACAAGCUCAUGCUCUUCGAGUCGCUGUGCGAACCCCCGGACUCGGGGCUGAACAAGCUCAAGUCGCGGUCUUUGCAUGAUCUGGGACGCGCUCAGGACGAGCAGUUCGAGUUGGAUGCCAGGAAAUGCCCCUACCAUAGUUCCACGUCCAACCUCUCUUAUCGGCUCAAGCAAGACUCAAAGAAAGGGAGCAGCAGUAACUUAGUGAGGAAUAUCUGCAGGUACUUCGAGCACCGGACGUCCGGACAGGUUGCCAACGCGCUCUGGUGGCGAGGCUCGCAAGAAUCAGAGGAGGAAUCCAUCGGCAGAUCGCAGAGUUCCGAGUCGAGAACCAGUGUAUCUCUGCAAGGAUCGUGCAAUCGAGAAGAAAAACUUUAGACACAGCUUUUCAUAGAUCAAAUUCCAUCACAAGCUGACUGCGUCGGUGCCUACGAGAGGAUCCCGAACUCUGUGGGUCUCCAUCCCUUAGUGUCUGACUAAAACAAACAAAAGGAGCAAAAACAAAAA